ACUCACACCUCCCCCACUCACCUCCUCCACACCCCAGCAUGGCCGCGUCCACCAUGUCCGUCUGCUCCAGCGCUUGCUCCGACUCCUGGCAGGUGGACGACUGCCCAGAGAGCUGCUGCGAGCCCCCCUGCUGCGCCCCCAGCUGCUGCGCCCCCGCCCCCUGCCUGACCCUGGUCUGUACCCCAGUGAGCUGUGUGUCCAGCCCCUGCCAAUCAGGCUGCAUCAGCUCCUGCACGCCCUCGUGCUGCCAGCAGUCUAGCUGCCAGCCGGCUUGCUGCACCUCCUCCCCCUGCCAGCAGGCCUGCUGCGUGCCCGUCUGCUGUAAUCCUGUCUGCUGCAAGCCCGUGUGCUGCGUGCCCACCUGCUCUGAGGGUUCCUCUUCCUGCUGCCAACAGUCUAGCUGCCAGCCAGCUUGCUGCACCUCCUCCCCCUGCCAACAGGCCUGCUGUGUGCCCUCCUGCUGUGUGCCUGUCUGCUGUGUGCCCACCUGCUCUGGGGCUUCCACUUCAUGCUGCCAGCAGUCUAGCUGCCAGCUGGCUUGCUGCACCUCCUCCUGCUGCAAACCCUCCUCCUCGGUGUCCCUGCUCUGCCGCCCCGUGUGCAGGCCUGCCUGCUGUGUCCCCUCCUGCUGUGCCCCCUCCUCCUCCUGCCAGUCCAGCUGCUGCCGCCCAGCCUCCUGUGUGUCCCUCCUCUGCCACCCAGCGUGCUCCCGCCCGGCCUGCUGAGGCCUCUGCUCAGGCCAGGAGUCCAGCUGCUGACGGGCAGGUCCCAUGUCUCCAGAGUUGUUCCAGGGCCAUCUCUGACUUCCGGAAAUCCUGGCAGCCCUGAGCCCUGGUGGAGCCUUCUCUGCCCAGGGCCACUGCAUCUCCAGUCAGCAGUGCUGAGACUUCACAGCCAAGUUCCCUCCCAGCACUCGCCUCUCCCACACCCUCAGCCCCGUCCUGGACAGCCGGGGCUGCUGUGUCCUGCCCCAUGUGAGUGAUCAGUCUGUCAACAAACAAAGUCACCACUCUG